CUCUGGCUGGGGCCGGGCUUUUGCCUUCCUCCUCCUCCUCUUCCUCCUCCUCUUACCCACCUUCCUGCACCCCUCCCUUCUCCCUCCUCCCGCAGCUCAGGUGGCAGCUUCUUUGGGGGGAACUGCUCACCUUUCCAGAGCCGGGAAGAGCCAGAGUCCCGAGUAGGGACCCCGGCAGGGCGCGGGGCGCGGGGCAGGGCACCCAGCCUUGGCAGCGCGGCCGCGGCGGGCGGGAGCCGGCUCGCCGCGACCGGGACACGCGCGGACAGCGCGGCGGCCGGAGAGGGGCACCGCGCCGGGCAAGCUGAGCAAAGGACUCACAACGGGCCCCUGCUGACCAUGAACAAGGUGAAGAACUUCAAGAGAAGGCUUUCCCUGUCCGUGCCCCGCCCAGAGACCAUUGAGGAGUCCCUGGCUGAGUUCACCGAGCAGUUCAACCAGCUCCACACCCAGAGGAAUGAGGACAUGCUGCUCAGUCCUGUGGGCUGAAACCAAGCAUGCUCUCCCCCACAGAUGGCGGGGGACGAGCCCGGGCACCUGUCCCCUGGCAUGCAGUAUCAACAACGACAGAGUCAGCGCCGCUUCUCCAUGGAGGACCUCAACAAGAGGCUCUCCCUGCCCAUGGAUAUCCGCCUGCCCCAGGAAUUCCUGCAGAAGCUACAGCUGGAGAACCCAGGGCUGCCCAAGCCACUCACCCGAAUGUCCCGUCGUGCCUCCCUGUCAGAUAUCGGCUUUGGGAAACUGGAAACAUACGUGAAACUGGACAAACUGGGGGAGGGUACCUAUGCCACCGUCUUCAAGGGGCGCAGCAAGCUGACGGAGAACCUCGUGGCCCUGAAGGAGAUCCGGCUGGAGCAUGAGGAAGGGGCACCCUGUACUGCCAUUCGAGAGGUGUCUCUGCUGAAGGACCUGAAACACGCCAAUAUUGUGACCCUGCAUGACCUCAUUCACACAGAUCGGUCCCUCACCCUGGUGUUUGAGUACCUGGACAGUGACCUGAAACAGUAUCUAGACCACUGUGGAAACCUCAUGAACAUGCACAAUGUCAAGAUUUUCAUGUUCCAGCUGCUCCGGGGUCUAGCCUACUGCCACCGCCGCAAGAUCCUGCACCGAGACCUGAAGCCCCAGAACCUGCUCAUCAAUGAUAGGGGCGAGCUGAAGCUGGCCGACUUUGGCCUGGCCCGGGCCAAAUCAGUGCCUACAAAGACGUAUUCCAAUGAGGUGGUAACCCUCUGGUACAGGCCUCCAGAUGUGCUGCUGGGAUCCACAGAGUACUCCACCCCCAUUGACAUGUGGGGCGUGGGCUGCAUACUCUAUGAGAUGGCCACCGGGAAGCCCCUCUUCCCAGGCUCCACCGUCAAGGAGGAAUUACACCUCAUCUUCCGUCUCCUGGGGACUCCUACAGAAGAGACCUGGCCGGGUGUGACGUCCCUCUCCGAGUUUCGAGCCUACAACUUCCCCCGGUACCUGCCGCAGCCGCUGCUCAGCCACGCUCCCAGGUUGGAUAUGGACGGCAUCAACCUCCUGACCAGCCUCCUCCUGUACGAAUCCAAGAGUCGCAUGUCAGCAGAGGCGGCCCUAAAUCACCCCUACUUCCUGUCUCUGGGAGAACGUGUACACCAGCUUGAUGACACUGCCUCCAUCUUCUCCCUGAAAGAGAUCCAGCUCCAAAAGGACCCAGGCUAUCGUGGCCUGGCCUUCCAGCACCCAGGGCGAGGGAAGAGCCGGCGGCAGAGCAUCUUCUGAGCUACGUCCACCCUGCUGCAACUCACGGGGCGAGAGGCCACACGGAACAUGGAUUCAGGAAGUAUGGGGCCUGUGUGGCCAUCCGAGGGCUGAGCAAUGAACGCCUGUGGCCAGUCUGGAGGACCACUUGGCAGCCCUGGUGGUAGCGGUUGCUUCCUUUUUCCUUGCUUGCCACACACCUCUGGGAUGGCCUCUACCUGGACACCAACCCCUUUGCCGUCCACUCUGGGAUGGGGCAUGAGCUACUUCCCCAGGAGGAAGGGAGGGGCAAGGAGGGACCUGGGACCCCUUCCCGGCAGAGGUGGGGGGGGAGAUCUGGGGAACCUGGGCUUGCCUGGCUCAUCAGCUCGACAGACCCCUUUCUUGUCCUCUGGACACUCGCUUUACCUUCUUCUCCUCUGAGAACAAGGAAGAGUCCAGGAACAAGGCACCGGGACCCUGGAAUUGUGCCAGUGUGUGUGUGCAAACCCCACCCAAAGGCAGACAUCUCUAGAGCAUCAAAAAAAAAAAAAAGUAUCCCCUCUUAUCACCAUCCCCAACAUGCUA